UUUCAAGGCACCAAACACCUCAUGCAUGACACUUCCUAUAAAAGCAUUAACGCCAUGCCUCACCUGGGGACAGCAAGGAUAUUCCAUUGAAAAAAUAUAACAUGAGCAAAGUUUGGAUUCUUGCCCUUCUCAUCCUCUACGGUGGCUUUCCCUCAAAAGGAACCGGCAAUGUUUCUACAAGACCAAGUGCCAUUAAUAUUGGGGCAAUUUUAUCUUUCAACUCUACAGUUGGAAGAGUGGCUAAAGUUGCCAUACAAGCAGCAGUGGAUGAUGUAAAUUCCAAUGCAACCAUUCUAAGCGGAACAAAGCUUAAUAUCUCAAUGUUGGACACCAAAUUAUCCACUGGAUUCCUGGGAAUCAUUGCUUCAUUGCGGUUGAUGACGAGUGAAACUGUGGCCAUAAUUGGUCCCCAGUACUCGGUCAUGGCACAUGUGAUUUCACACAUAGCGAAUGAGAUGCAAGUGCCUCUGCUUUCAUUUGCAGCAACAGACCCUACACUGACCUCAAUGCAGUUCCCAUAUUUUGUGAGGACGACGCAGAGUGAUCUGCGUCAGAUGGCUGCUGUGGCAGAAAUUGUUGAUCACUUUCAAUGGAGAGAUGUCAUAGCCAUUUUCGUAGAUGAUGACCAUGGAAGAAACGGAGUAGCUGCCUUGGGAGAUAAGCUGGCAGAGAAACAACGUAAAAUAUCACACAAAGUGCCCUUUAGGCCAUAUAAUAUCACCCGAGAAGAAAUAAACAGUGCUUUAGUUAAGAUAGCAGCUUUAAUGGAGUCAAGAGUGAUAAUCCUUCACAUAUACCCUUCUUUUGGUGUAGAAGUACUUCAUGUGGCUCAAUCACUUGGCAUGAUGCAAAGUGGUUAUGUGUGGAUAGCCACAGACUGGCUAACCACACUACUAGAUUCAGACCCAUCCUUGUUCACAUCUCCAGCCAUCAAUGACAUCCAAGGUGUUGUCACCCUGCGCAUGCAUACACCAGAUUCAGACAUAAAGGACAAAUUUAUUUCUAGAUGGACCAAACUGAGCCAGAAAGAAAAUCCUAAUCAGGAUCCUUUUGGAUUAAACAUCUUCGGUCUUUACGCGUAUGACACUGUUUGGGCACUGGCUUAUGCACUUGAUGCACUUUUAAAGGAUGGAGGAACUUUGUCGUUUUCAAAUGCUUCGAGUGUAAUAAACAUGUUAACUGGGGACAUCCUUCACCUAGAUGCUAUGAGGGUCUUCGUCAGUGGCAGCAUGUUGCUUAAAAAGAUUUUAGAGUCUAACACAAGUGGUUUAGCAGGCCAGAUGAUGUUUGACUCAGAUGGAAAUUUAAUGCAUCAAUCGUAUGAAAUCAUUAAUGUGAUAGGCAGUGGAAUUAGGAGGAUUGGUUAUUGGUCAGAAACCUCUGGCCUCCACACUGAGGAAGCUCCUACUCAUUCCAAUUCUAGCGAAAGACUAUACGAUGUCAUCUGGCCUGGUCAAACAACUCAAACACCACGUGGUUGGAGUUUUGCCAGCAAUGGAAGACAAUUGAGAAUUGGGGUGAUAGUUAGAGUUACAUUCCCUGAGAUUGUGUCAAGAAUUGAGGGCACCGAUACGUUUAGUGGUUAUUGCAUAGAUGUGUUUACUGCUGCAAUGAACUUGUUGCCUUACCCAACACCAUUCAAGUUUAUUCCAUUUGGUGAUGGUAAAACCAACCCGUCACAUUCAGACUUUCUUCAAAUGGUCACAAUUGGUGCAUUCGAUGGUGUGGUGGGGGACCUGACCAUUAGUACAAACCGAGCAAAGAUAGUGGAUUUUACACAGCCAUAUAUCGAGUCUGGGCUAGUUGUUGUUGCCCCUGUCAAGAAGUUGAAAUCCAAUGCUUGGGCUUUCCUGAGACCAUUCACUCCAAUGAUGUGGUUUGUGACAGGAAUGUUCUUCUUGGUGGUGGGAGCUGUUGUGUGGACUUUAGAGCGUGGUACAAACGAUGAAUUUAGAGGCCCCGCAAGAAGACAAUUUGUCACCAUUAUCUGGUUUAGCUUCUCAACCCUAUUUUUCACACAGAAUGAGAAGACUGUUAGCACUCUUGGUCGUUUCGUACUAAUCAUAUGGCUGUUUGUGGUUUUGGUACUGACCUCAAGCUACACUGCAAGCCUGACCUCCAUCCUAACUGUGGAACAGCUUUCAUCCCAAUUUAAGGGAAUUGAAAGCUUAAUAGCAAGUAAUGAACCCGUUGGUUUCGUGAAGGAUACAUUUACUGAAAAUUAUAUAACUGCGGAACUACACAUGGACAGAUCCAGGCUUGUUCCUCUGAACUCCAUGUUAGAAUAUGAAAAAGCCUUAAAAGAUGGACCAGCUAGAGGUGGCGUUGCUGCAAUAAUAGAUGAACGUGCAUACAUGGAGCUCUUCCUAGCAACCAGAUGUGAAUUUAGUAUUGCUGGUCAAGAAUUCACCAAGAGUGGAUGGGGUUUUGGCUUCCCAAGGGAAUCUCCCCUAGCAGUUGACAUGUCAACUGCCAUACUAAAACUAUCAGAGAGUGGUGAUCUUCAGAGAAUUCGUGAUAAAUGGCUAACAAGAAGGGCUUGCAGCUCAGAAGGCGCAAUACAAAGCAAUGAUCGACUUGAGCUGAAAAGCUUUUGGGGGCUUUACCUGCUGAUUGGCAUGGCCUGCUUCGUUGCUCUCCUUUGCCAUGUUAUUAGAUUGAUGUACCGUUUUAGCAGGCAUUUUAACAGUAACCUUGAAGGCUCAUCAUUCUCUUCUCAUCUUCGAUCGUUCCUUUCCUUUGCUAACAAAAAAGAAGCAGAAGAUACAAGCCAAAGGCAGGACAAAAGGAGAAGUGCCCUUGUAGAAAGGUAGUAGUGCAUGAAGAUGUAUCUUAUGAUGACUCGGGUGUUUGUGUCCAUUUACAAAAUAAUGUCACUCCCUAAGGUUAAGUACCAAAUCAUGUGCUAAAUCUUGGACCACGUUUAACUUAAUUGAAAAAUGCAGUACAAAAACUUGUAUCACUUGAACAAAUAGUACCUGCAAUCAUAUCUAAAUCAUCCUUCUAAAUAACCUUAGCUUUUUGUAUUAGACGAGCCAUGACAGUUAGCAAUAUUAUCAAUGUUAUUUACUUGAUAAGGAAAAAAAUAUGACAAUUCCAACAAUUUUUGUAGUAGUUGGAAUCCAAGUGUGACGCCUAAUAGAAAUGAGAAA